AUGGAUGAUUCGACCAACUACGAAAUACCAUCAGUUGCAACAAACAUAAUAAACAAUGAAGAUGCCAAGUAUAAUUAUUAUGGAUGGAAAUCAUUAAGGUUACAUUCACCACGAUUUUUAUCGAAUCAUUUAUUUGCUUACAUCAUGUUAUGUGUGUGUACAUUUGUACAAAAUUUCUCUGUUAAUGGAGCAAAUAAUGCUGUGAUAUCGACGAUUGAACAUGUUUUCUAUUUAAAUUCAGUACAAAGUGGACUUUUCCUAGCAUUGUACGAUGUAGCAACAGUUUUCUCAGCUCCACUGGUUGGCUACCUGGGUGGCCGUUAUUCAUCAACUGUUUUUUUCUCGCUCAAUAUGCUAAUUGUUGGUUGUGGCAAUUGGUUAAUAGCCAUUUCUAAUUUUGUUGGUACUAAUAUUAAUUUUAACAAACUUAUAGAGCAGGGUUCAGAUGAUUCGACACUUGACAAUGUUCUUUUUCAAUGUCGAAAAGAUCCAUUCAAUUUAACUAUAACGGACAUAAUGUGUACACAAAAACUUCUCUCAGAACAACAACACUCAUCAAAUGCCAAAAUUUUACUUUACAUAGGAAAUUUUGUUAAUGGAAUUGGUAGUGUAGCAUUAUUUAGUAUUGGUAUUGCGUAUAUCGAACGUAUAUUUCCAAAAGAGAAAGCUGCUUAUUGUCAAGGUAUCUAUUUUGCCGUGGGAACCGUAGGAGGUGCACUAGGCAUUGUUGUCACCGGUCGUUUUUUGUUAUUGUACACAAAAUUAACACCUCGUUCGAAAUUACCAUUCUGGUUAACACCUCAUCAUCCAUUGUGGAUUGGAUGUUGGUGGUUACCUUAUAUUAUUUAUGGAACAAUAUGUAUCCUCAUUGGAUUAUUCAUGUCAGGACUACCCAAUUAUGAAAAACCAGGAAGACAAGAAGAAGUGGAUAAAAUACCAACAUUAUCCGAACAGCAACACACACAAGAUAUUCUUUCCGAGGAUCAAACUGGUUUGUAUCCUUCUGCUACCACUGUCGACCCAUUUUCUCUGCAUCAUUUCCAUCCUCAUCAUAAUCAUGUUUUCCGAGAUGAUGCCAUGUUACCGACAUUAGAAACAAUUGUCGCAGAAUAUCGACUACAAAAUCUAUCUGUUAGGAAACGACAUUCACAGGCCAGAUUAUCGAAUGUAUACUCGCCUAUCAUUACGCCAAUUACAACUGAUCACGAUUCAGAUUUUGUUAAUGGAACAACAAAUAAUGGAUUUAUUAAUCAUGCCUAUUCAUCAGGUAAUCAAUUUAACACAUCCUUUGUAGAUAGGUUAGUACUGAUGAACGCUAUAGAUGAUCGCAAUAAUCUGCCCCGCGACAUGCGAUCCAUCACAGAUACUGAGGACUUUCCUAUAAAGCGGAAAUAUACACUCUACAAUGAAGUACCGCAAACUCAACCACGGACUACAUCGACUCCAUCUUCAUUUGUUCGUCAUUUAAAUCAUUCAAUUGAAUCUGAUCUAUCGACAACGACAACAUUAAUAGCACCAUCGGUUUCUACAGAUGUCAUUUCCACGAAUGAUGAUGUUUUACUAUCAUCACAAAAAAAUCAAACAGGAUUACGAUUAUCCACAUUAGAAGAAAAAAAUACGAAUUCUAUAUCAAAACCAAAAUUAUUCACAUCAGUACCAAACAUAAAGAGAAAGAAGACUGAUAGAGGAAGUUUUGUUCCAUUUAUAACAAAAUACUUUGAAUAUCAACAUCAAGUUGAUACAUCAACAGCAACAUUAAUAACGGGUUCCAUCGCUCUUUUAUCUGUGAUUGUCGGUUGCCCAACUGGUGCUUAUUUUAUAAAUCGUUUCAAAUGGACACCUAUGCAUUGUGCACGAGCAUGUGCCAUCGUUCUCACAGCCACUUCACUCUUAUUUCUCUUUCUCAUGCUUUCUUGUCCUGAACUCAAGUUUCAACAACAUACACCGUGUCUUCAACAAAAUCAACAAUGUUGUGAACGAUUGUAUCAUCCUGUGUGUUUAGUAUCCGAUUCAAGUCAAAUGUUUCUCUCACCAUGUCAUUUCGGCUGCACACAAGAAAGUUCAUCACCACAAAAUAAAAGCACUUAUUACACGCAAUGUAACUGUGCGAGCUCAACAGUAACCCUUAGUGAAUCAGCAUGUACAUUUAAGGCAAUACCAUGUAAAAUUGUAUUCAUAUUGACAUUAUUUGGUGCAGCUGUUGUUGUCUUCUUCACUGCCUUCAUUCAAGUACCAAUGUUACGUGUUUUACUUUAUUCCGUUCCAGUCGUUCAUCAGACCGUUGCUUUGGGUCUUCGUCAAACCAUCGUUCGCGUUUUAGGUCAAACAAGUGGUCCAUUACUAUUUGGUUUUGUAUUUGAUGAAUCUUGUAUAGUAUGGCAAAGAGAUUGUUAUCAUCGACGUGUGUGCAAGGUAUAUAAUAAUCGUCAAAUGGGUAUGUCAAUGGCACUGUCCGGUUUUGUAUCACGUCUCAUAUCGAGUAUGGCAUGUGUAGUAGUAUUUAUUAAUUGGCAAUGGAAACAUCCACACGAUGGUGAAGAGAAUAGAAAAAGUGACGAAAAUAAACUGGGAAUAGUAGAAAUGGAACAAAAUAUGGAAAAUACAAGAUUAUAG